AGGGAUGAUCACUUCUAUAUGGAACGCACCGUGGGACGUUGGCAUUACUGCGCGUUCAGAAACACUUUGAAGUCUUUGGAUACGUCUACGGAUAUCAAACUUUAUUCAUCUCAUGACCGUGACUUUAUCGUUCUUCAACAAUUCAGUCGUGAAUCAGAGUAGCCUAUACUUUGGUGGUUAACGUCAAAGCUGCACAGAACUGUCUAAUAUAAACAACAUUUCUGAAUUCCCCGCGAAGAUGCUUUGGGUCCUUCUUUGCGUCUUGGAAGCUCUUGUGGCCUCUUUUGAGGUGAGUGUCCCACAUAAGCAUUUGGUGGCAAUCCGGGAUCGUCCAGCUGUACUGGGCUGUAUAUUCACUCCUGAUCCCAACUUCUCCAGCUUGGUGGUUACCUGGCAGCGGCAAGAGGAUUCACGGGUCGUCCACAGUUUCUAUUAUCAACAGGACCAAUUGGACAGGCAGAGUCCAGAAUACCACAAUCGGACCUCACUUUAUAUUUCAGAGCUUGGAAAAGGAAAUGCCUCUUUAAAAAUAGCAGCAGUAAGGCCAAAGGAUACAGGCUGGUACAUAUGCAUAGUGAGCAACGACAAGGGGACAGAAAGAGCCCUAUUAGAAGUGACCUAUGGAGCUCUUUACUCCGAGCCCAGGUUGAGCAUUCAUGUGAACUCACAAACAGUGACAGUUCAGUUUGAGACAGAGGGAUUCCCUAAACCUGAGGUGAGCUGGCUAGGAGAACAAGGUCAGAACCUCAGUCAUCACCUGGAGCUAUAUGAUCAGACAGAAGAUGGACUUUAUUCCAUGAAGAGCAGCUAUGAGGUCCAGAAACCAGCGAUUAAAGUUACAUUUAUGCUGAAGAACCACCUUCUCAGCCAGAACCUUCAGAGACCUGUGAAAAUCAGCUACGAUGACGCAGCCAAACGUCAAGUGAUCAUCGCAGUUGUUGUCCUCUCCAUACUUUGCUUUCUCCUGUUUAUUGGCUUUUUUUUUUUAACAGUGUGGAGACGAAAAAAGUAAAUAUCCUACUUUUGAUGAACUAUUAAAAUUAGUCAUUUCUGUUAUAGAUUUUACCUAGUUGAUUGUGUACAUUCUUCGAUGUGUUACCUAGUGGUGCUUAUGCAGGGGAUGCAAGAAUGUGUCAUUUACCAGAUAAUUUCCCGAAUCCUGUCCCCCCUUUUCUCCCCAUAAUUUCCUAUACUUUCUACAUGUAGAAAGUAUGUAGAAAUGGUAGUAAUAAAAAGAAAGGGGAAAAAAAAGUUAAUCAUUGGCAGGUUUUAACAUGUUAUAAUUGAAUAAGCACAUACCAGCAAAGUUAAUAAAUUAUCAAAUAAAUUGUCAUUUGGGUGUGUGCAGAAAGUAAUUUGUUUAAAUAUUUAAAUCAUUAUUCACUGCUUUGCUUUUUGAACGCAUUUUGUGGGUGAGGUUUAAGCACAAGUUUUAUGACCAGACAGGUAGCAGACAGGCACCAUUGCAUAACCUGUGUUGAGUUAACUGCCCUGAAAAUGCAAACGCAGUAACUAUACAUUUUGUCAAAACAACCGAAACCUUAUCUCUUGGAUUAUGAUCUGCACUUUUACAUAGUAAAGUACAGUGAAGUCAAAGAUCGUUUGGCUUCACUAUGCUCAGAUUCAGAGAAAAAUGAUAAUGCACAUUUGGCUAGGCAAUCAAAAAACUUUGAAGCCCUUUUUUUUCUUAAUUUCAGUGUUACGUUUUGGCUUUGUAGCCAUUUUAAAUUUCACAGUAUUUGUUUUUUCUAUUAAUGCCAUCUUAUAAAAGAAACCAUUUAAAACACAGGACUAACUACCCUUCAACCACAGGGAUCACUGUCCUAACAUUUUUAUUUUUUAAUUAAAUAUUUAAUAUAUAUUUUUUUUUACCUAUUACAAUAAUGAUUCCAUACGGUGCAGAACAAAUUGCUUUUAUUCAUAUAACUUAUUAAAAAGUCAAUACAACCUUGGCAGUGUGAUACUGAAGAUAAUGUUUACUUUUUUAUGACAAAUUGCUUGUUUUGUGCCUUAUUUGUAAAUUGCUUUGGAUAAAAGCAUCUACUAAAUGACUAAAUGUAAAUGUAAGCCUAACUUGGCAUGGUUAAUGCACUGAGCAUGUUGAGCUCUGAGCAGUGUUACAACUAUGCAACAUUUAAUUUUAGCAUGACUUCCAGACAGUUAUUGGUCAGCGAGUGCCUAGCUCGAGUCUGUGUUUGUAGCCUGCUAGCUUUUUUGCAUCACUUAUAUAAGUGGGCCCUCAGUCACCAUUUCUUCAGAAUUUUCUUCCUUCAAUACUGCAAACUUCGUCUUCGUCUUGGAACCCUUUCUGCUUUGCCGUCGAUGUAUACUUACAGCAGUUGAAAAUUCUCAGCAAGAUGCGAACAGGACAACUUGUCGCCUGUGCUCUGCGCCUGCACCGAGAGGCUUUCCGCUCCCCUGUGUGUUCCGGUGAAGAGUUCUCCACAUCGCCGUCGAAGACACUCUCAGUGAAUGGGUUCUUUGCUUCAGAUGCUCGUCGUAGAUCAAUGCGGCACUUCAGUGAAACUC